GUAGGUAGUGAAUUGCAAAUUCUUGACAUGACAGAAGAACAGGACUCCCCCAACCCUGGAGAUCUGAUCGAGAUCAAACGAGGACCUUAUGAGCACUGGGCCCUCUACAUGGGGGAUGGAUAUGUCAUCAAUCUCACACCUCUAGAUGAAGAAGCCACAACCCUGUCAGCCAGCAGUGGGUCAAUACGCACCAGAAAGGCCAGAGUUCAAAAGGAACUCCUGAAGGUGGCCAGAAAUGACUGGGCUGUCAACAACAUGUGUGAUAGUUUCCGCACGCCUCUGCCCGUGGAGGAGAUCAUCUGGCGUGCUGAGCGUUGCAAUGGCAAGGAUGUGACAUAUGAUGUGCUUGGUAGACGCUCUGAGGAGUUUGUGACAAAUCUCCGCUAUGGUGGCGAGCUGAGGGCAUUGUUAUGUGGAGAAAUGCAUGUUCUUGAUAGGGCAGAAGACAAGGUCUUCCCCAACCCUGGGGAUCUGAUCGAGAUCAAACGGGGACGUUUUGAGCACUGGGCCCUCUACUUGGGGAAAGGACAUGUCAUCCAUGCGACAAUUGGAGACACAUCCAGACACAGCAGUGGGUCUGCAUUUCUCAGAAAAGCCAUAGUGAAGAAGGAGGAUCUGAAGGAUGUGGUGGGAAAUCAUAGAUGGCGUGUCAACAACAAGUAUGACUGUUACCGCACUCCUUUCCCGAUGAAGGAGAUCAUCCGGCGUGCUGAGCCAUGGAUUGGCAAGGAGCUGCCAUAUCGUUUGUUCCGCAAGAACUGUGAGCACUUUGUGACCAUGCUUCGCUACGGAGAUGGAGUCUCUCGCCAGGCCAAGGCAGCACUUCAAAAUAUCAAUUCCAUUUCUUCUGUAGUGACGGCUGGGAUAGGAGUUACCAGUCUUGCAGUUGCGGCUGGUAUUCCUGUGGUUGGUCUUCCUCUUUUGGCCUGUGCUCCUUUUGUGGUUGCUGGUGGUGGUGGUCUGCUUGCCAGUAUUGGUUUCACUUCCAGUAAUAUUGCUCGUUCCUUCUCUUCUGCCCAGUUUGAAAAGGCAGGGAGAGAUAUACUAGAACAGAGUUGCUGUUAGGAAGAGCUCAAGCAAGGCAUGGAGUCCCUGGUCAUUGUUCAGCUUUUGCCACAAGUGUAAUGAACGCUUACUAGCAACUGCUGUGAUAAUUAAUUCAAAGACUUAUUAAAAUGCAAAAAUCCAAACUCA